AUGAGCGGUCCGAAAGGAAUGGCGGUUCGAGUUGCGAUCAAACAGUUGAAGACGAAUGCCAUCGACGAAGAGCGUGAGGAAUUUCUACGUGAAAUGGACAUCAUGAAACAGGUCGGUCGUCACCCAAAUAUCGUGACGAUGUAUGGACUCUGUGAAGAACCGGAUUUUCAGUGUAUGGUGAUGGAGUAUGUGCCUUUUGGCGACCUUAAGCACUACCUGCAGAACCUUCGAAAGCAGGUAAGUAGUGAGCCUCACGGGCUUGUUGGGCAAUAUUUCAUGUUUCGGGCGGAUACGAAACUGAAUCCGAACUUCUCGCCUCUCUUCUAUGGAGUCACUUACCAUACAAAAGUGUAUUAUAUUGACAUGGUUGUAACUUGCAGUGGAGAAGGUUUCUGA